GCACAGCGUAUCAGCAUUCAUUCACUCAGCAUCCACUAAUUUCCUUCGUUCUUUUUGAUUGUCAAUUACUCUGACUAUUACUAUUUUCUUUUUCUGCUGUUCUCCACAAUGUCCAAGUUUGCUAUCGCACAGCGCCUGAAAGGGCUACCGACAAACUCUAUUUGGGAGGAAAUGACUCCGUUGGCCAACAAACACAAAGCGAUCAAUCUUGGGCAAGGUUUCCCAAGCUUUGCCCCUCCUAAGUUUCUCCUCGAAGAGCUCGAGAAGGUGCUGGAAAAUAGUGAGCAAGCACCGCUUGCUCAUCAAUACUGCCCCGUUCGCGGUAACGCAGAACUUGUCGGACAGCUUGGCAAAGUCUACUCGAAGCACUUUUCUCGCGAAGUUGGCCUUCCGAAUUUGGCUGUGACUGACGGUGUCACGCAGGCGCUGAGCGCGACGUUCCAGGCGUUUCUCAAUCAUGGCGACGAGGUGGUGCUGAUCGAGCCGUACUAUGACGCGUACUACCAGGAUAUCUAUGUCACCGGCGGUAUUGUGAAGUACGCCUCCCUUCAGCCCUCGACGGAGUCUGCUGAUCAAUGGAAACUCACGCGCGAGUCUCUCCUCGCAGCGGUUAGCGAAAAGACCAAGUUUAUUCUCCUCAACACCCCGCAGAACAUUCCCGGUAAGGUAUGGGAAGAAGACGAGCUCCAGAUUAUUGCCGAGGUGGCAAAGGAAUUUGACGUGGUCGUCAUUGCCGAUGAGGUUUACAUGUACCUCACCUAUGGCAAGCCGCAUCUUUCGAUUGCGAAUCUGCCCGGAAUGUGGGAACGCACUAUUACCCUUUGCAGUGCCGGCAAGACCUUCUCCUGCACUGGAUGGAAGAUUGGCUGGGCUGUCGGCGAUGCCACGCUGAUCGCACCCAUUGCUCAAAUUGUGUCCUACCAGACAUUCUGCUGCUCCACUCCAUUUCAGAUCGCGUUGGCGAGAGCGAUGGCGAAGGCGGAAGGAAAUGGUUUCUACGAAAAAUUCCGUGGGGAGUAUGCUGCUCGCGUUGACGAGGUUUGCGAAAUGCUAGCUGCCAGCGGUUUGGCUCCGGUAAAGCCAAAGGGUGGCUUUUUCGUCCUAGCAGAUAUCUCGAAUGUGGAUCCGAAACACUACUACGACCCUGGAAAUACCUCACAAGCAAAGGAUUGGCAGUUCAGUCUUUGGCUCACAAAGACUAUCGGUGUCUGCUGCAUUCCUGUGACAGCCUUCUGUAAAAACGACAGUAGGCCACUCUACGAUAAUUACGUUCGUUUUGCGUGCUGCAAGCCUGAGAGCGAGCUCCACGCUGCUGCAGAGCGCCUCCAAAAGCUUCACGAUUACCUUCGUUGA